ACUCUACACAGAGAACUCUACAACACAGAGAUCCAGCCAUGACUCCUACAGUCACUUCAGCAAGAACCUACUCUGAGGAACACCUGACUCUCACCAACAAGCUUAGAAAGCCACAGGUGGAGAAGUUACGUAGAGAUCGUAUCAACAGCAGCAUUGAGCAGCUCAAGUCUCUCCUGGGUCCAGAACUCCUCAACCAGCCGCCUGACUCCAAGCUGGAGAAAGCUGACAUCCUGGAGAUGACAGUUUCUUUAUUGAGCCGUCUGCAGCCAAUCAGCUCCUCUUCAUGCUCUGCAUCUGCCAAUCAGGGUCACUCCAGGUGUGUCCAAGAGAUGGUGCACUUCCUGUCCAAGGAGGAGAUGGAGACAGAUUCCCAGAGAAGACUGCUGAGCCACUUCCAGAGCCAGCAGUCAUCCUCUGAUAAGAACAACAGGGAGACUGACCUGCCUCAGCUGAGCUCCCCAGCCCAGCACAGCAUCAGUAAACAGAAGAGUCCAGUCAACAGCUUCCCCUGGAGGCCCUGGUAGAGACCUAAAGACCGGAUGUCCUCUGCUUCAUUAACUGAUCAUGUUGGUCUGAUGAGUAAUGAGUUUCAUCCUCAAUCUUUGCUUCGAGGUUGUAAAUGCUUUCACUGACUUAUAUUCAAUAUUUGAAUAUGUUCUUGAUGUCCUUGUAUUGCAAAUGAGGGAUUCUGAUGUGUCAUUUAAACAUCACUUCAAUUUCUCUGAAAUGUGUUUUUCUAUGUAGCCUCCAGUAGGAGAAAUUACAGUCUUUGUAUUUUUGACAAAGUGAAUAUGCUGUAUGUCUGUUCCCUGUAGGAAUGUUUCAUAAUGUUUGCUGCCUUGUUGAGAGACGUUCAUGCUUAUGCCUAAUAAGCUUGUGUAUUUCAUACAAAUAUUAUUAUUGUCAGAAAUGCACAUCCGAUCAGAUAUUUUCACGUUCUCUGCUUACAAAUUAUGUCUGUGUUUUAGACAGACAAAAUGUAUUCAUCUCUGUUUAGAGAUAUUAAAAAAUACAUGGAUGCUCGUUAUACACUCUGCGAGUGAAUCAGCAUCUGGCCCCUUCAGUGAAGGCCCUGUUUUGUUGAAAAAACUGGUUUUACAAAUCGAAUGUAUUCGUCCUGAAAAAUCAAUUC